AUGGACAUACGAAAGUGGCUAGACGAGACAGUGCAACCGGAAGCACCGCGCGAGCCCAAUAACCUUCAUCAGACCGCAGAGCCUGCUAAACGGAAGCGCCGCCGCAGAUCAGACAGCUCCCUCCUCGAUCCCCGUCCGCCUGCAUCCUCUCCGCAUAAGCCAGCGGAGGAUAGUGCUGACGAGGCGCUCCAGGCGACAUGCAGCGACAGCUCUAGCAGCAGUCGAUAUGCGCGCAAACCUCGUAGAAAGACGCGUCCAGAGCGGUAUGAGCCACAGUAUGAGCCAGGUCCCCAUGCCCAUCGCGAUCGUAAGGACAAAUCAAAGAAGUCGCGACGCAAGCCUCGACGCAAGAAGGGCGAGAAGGCACCUGGUGUUAUGCAGACCUUCCAGGCAACGAACAUAUCUGGGGAUCGGCUGACCUUGAAGCCACGGGAGCAGCUAGGCCUCUUCAACAAGGGACGGACAUCUACUGCAAUCAAGGGCCGCGGGUUGCCCGAUCUGGUAUUCUCGGAGAUGAAGUUCCUGCAGCAGCACAAAGACGAACCAGAGCCUGUCCCUCGAACCGAUGCGUCCAAAAAGAAACGCAAGAAGGACAAUGAACAGAUGAAGGAAGGAGAGAUCUCCGCUUUCUUUACCUCAGCGCGACCGGCAUUAGUCGACAAGGACACAAACACUCUACCGCAGCUUCCUGUACCAAAAGCUAAGCGGCGUCGUCGUGAUCAAUCCUCGGUAGAUGACACUGCUAUCCCAACUGUUGAGGCUACAGGCCAAGCCUCGUAUCUGGGUUUUGGAGCACAGCGUCAGCGAUCUCAUAUGCAAUGGGAUCGCGAAGAAGAACCUCUCGAAAGUUCCUACCAUUUCGAGGAAGACUACCUAGAUCAAGGGAAUCAAAUGGAAUACGAUGGCCGGAUGGAGCAUGAUGAUGAGGACUGGGGAGGGCUUUUAGAAGAGCCCCUCUCGUAUAGCCUUGAUGGUGAUCCUGACAUAUACGGCGGUAUCGAAGCACACCCCGGAACUGAGAUUGAGCUGGUCCAGGAUAAAAGACCAGAAAACGAUACGGUGGCUCCUGGAUUUUGGCGGCCGAAUAAACUGUACUGA